UUCCGUCUUUUUCUCCUCGCCAUUUUGGAUUGUAUUGUUGAUUUGGUUGGAUGGUUAGUUGGGAACAUUCAGGAGAGAAGGAUUGAUUGAAGAUUAUCAGAGUGUAUUGUAACAGUUCAAUGUAUCUUAUCUAAUAUGCACUAGCAUGUAUCACAAAUAUUUUGCCUGUUAGAAAUUAAUCUAACAUUGCAGAUGGCACAGAGAUUCGGCUAGCUAGCUAAGCAGCAACACCGGCUUGGCGAGGACGAACAACAACUGCAUCAUUGAGUUGGAUUCAAUCGUUGGCCAGCUAUCGAACAAACGUUACUUGUAAACUAGCAUACUAUCUCAGUAAACCAGAUUUGGGCUCCUAGAUUUUUUGUGGUUGGGUUCGGAGACAUACCAGACUGGAAAGAUGUAUCAACUCCCUGUGAACAACCUCACUAGCAUACGAAGAGCAAGGAAACAGGUGAAGAAGGCACUUAGUGACAUUGGACUGGAGUACUGCAAGGAGCAAGCGGAGGACCUCAAAGAAUUUUGCCCAGAUGAGAACUAUGUGAAGAAUACUGUCUGCCUGGAACUUUGUUCAUGGGAUCCGUCAUUCUCCAAAACACAGGAGUACCGGUCAAAGCCUUUCUGCUGCACAGAGUGCCAUUUCUCUUCCAAGUACUACUCAGGCUACAAGAACCACUUUCGAAAUGUCCACAGGAACAACUUUGAGAGCCGCAUCCUGCUCAACUGCCCUUACUGCACCUUCACUGCAAGCAAGAAGACUAUGGAAACGCAUGUCAAGGUCUUCCACAUAUCCAGUGCAGUGCGUCAGGGUCUGGGCGCCUACCAGGGGGCUGCUGUGGGCGCAAAUAACAAGGUGGAGAGGGCAAUGUACUAUUGCAAGAAGUGUACCUACCGGGACCCUCUGUACAAUGUUGUGCGAAGGCACAUCUACAGGGAGCACUUCCAGCAUGUGGUCUCACCCUAUGUUGCCAUGGUCUCAGAAACAUCAGUCAAAAAUGGAGCCAAUGCUGUCAAUGGUAACAACAUCCUCUGUAAGCGCUGUCAGUUCUCCACCCGUAGCUAUGAGGCGUUAGUGCAGCAUGUCAUUGAAUAUCAUGAGCGCAUUGGCUCUCAGGUGACAACCAUGAUUGGACAUGCUAAUGUUGUAGUGUCUAGACCCCAAAGCUAUGGUAUGACCCAGAAGGGUUCUGUGGUGACUGGGGGUCGUACUCUGACGUCUGAACAGGUUAGCCAUAUGGUGGGGGCCCAUCAAAAGCAGGGGCCUUCUGGACUGAAGAAUAUGACCAGUCAGUCCUCUAUUGCUGGCCAGCGUUUGACCAUUCCUGGCCAUAGUGGGUUGGGAGAAGGCAGAGCCUCCUUAUCCAAUAACUUAACGUCACCCUCAGGAAAGCAGGUUUCUGGUGCUAACGCUAGUCUUACAUCCCAAACACAGAAGUGGAAGAUAUGCACGGUCUGCAAUGAGCUCUUCCCUGAAAACCUGUACAGUGCUCAUUUUGAGAAGGCACACAAGGCUAAGAAGGUAUGGGCAAUUGCGAAGUUCAUCAUGAAGAUCCACAACUUCACCAGUAAGUGUUUGCUUUGCAACCGUUAUCUGCCAAGUGACACGUUGCUUAACCACAUGCUGAUCCAUGGGCUCACCUGCCCACAGUGUCAUGCCAGCUUCAAUAAUGUGGAGAAAAUGCUGGAUCAUGUGGGUCAGGCUCACCCAGAUGACUUUGUUGGUCCUCCAGCUGCCUCCCCGCUUACCUUUGACCUCACAAUUGGGCAGGCUAAGAACAAGAUCAUACAGCUUAUUGUUAUAACCUAUAACAUGAAGGAACCUGUAGCUGCCCAGGAGCAGUCUAUGGCUUCCCAUGCUCAGAACAGCUUCCAUGCUCCAGUGAAGGGUCUGCCUUCAAAGAUGCCAGAAAGAAAGAAUGACAUGCUUGCCAGAAGUCAAGCCACUGUAUCUGGCAGCAAUGAGGUUGGCAAGACACUAUGCCCACUGUGUUUCACCAUCCUCAAGGGUUCCAUCUCUGAUGCAUUGGCACAGCAUCUGAGGGAACGACACCAAGUGCUUCAGACGAUGCACCCUGUGGAGAAGAAGUUGACGUACAAGUGCAUCCACUGUUUGGGUGUCUACACCAGCAACAUGGUGGCCUCCACGAUCACUCUGCAUCUUGUGCAGUGCCGAGCUGUGGGCAGGGCCCAGAAGGGCCCGGGACCAAAGUCUGCCUUAACACUCAACUCUUCUGGUGCAGGGUUCUUAAAGCGUCAGCUACCCACCCAAACCAUGUCUGACUCCAAGAGGAUGAAGAUUAACAAUGAUGUUGGAUAUUACCCCAUGGACAAGCCAGGGGAGGCUGUGGAUCUAGUGUUGGACCCCAGAAGCUAUGAGCACAAGACCUAUGAGGCACGAAAAGCCUUCCUCUCAGCCUAUUUCAAUCGUCGCCCCUAUCUAACCUCACGGGAAGAAGAGAAGCUGUCUGCAAGCCUGUGGCUCUGGAAGUCUGACAUUGCCAGUCACUUCGCUCACCGAAGGAGGUCAUGUGAGAGGGACUGUGAGACCAGGAAAUUGAAAGUGCUACUUGGCUUUGACAUGCAGGCACUCAAGGUACUGAAGCAUGACAUGGACUUUGAGGAGAAAACCAAGCUCCCUAUCACCUCAGUGGAGAAAGCCUUUAAGUCUAGGCCGACACUUAACGCAGACCAAAGCAAACGAUGCGAGACAAUUAACUGUACCCUCAAACUAAGUACUUACACAGAAGUGACAGAACCCAUAUCAAUUGACUCGUCUGAUAGUGAGUCAGAACAAGAGGACUGUUCUGUUAAGAAUGGGGAUGUUGACACACACAAAUCUGUAGAUGUCACAUCUUAAGAGAAAUCAAACCUGCCAGAAGAGAGAACUCCAAGCAUUGAUGGGCCUUCAAGAGAGAAGGUGCCUUGGUUUGAUAACAUGAGACAUCAAAAUGAGAGCAGUCUAAAAGACCUGCGGUACACAAAGUAUAACGGGGGUUUGGUGCAGGUAAUCAUUGCACACUACAAUUAUUCGGUUAUUGGAAAGUCCGGGAUGGUAUGAGAAACUGACAGGACAAAUGAAGACUUCAUAAAGUCAAUGGGAUGCGCAGUUUAAGUAAAGAACAAUGACUUAUGAAUUAGGAACUACACAAGUAUAGAAACAAACUUAACUUCUGGCUCCAGAUAAAGGUUUGCUGAAGUGAGCUAAACAAUGGUGCAAAAUAAAAUGUAUGGCGUCUGUAACUAAUAUUGGCUGUAACAUUGUACAUAUUUAGUAGGCCUACAUUAGAUUAUGCAUACAUUCAGACUAAUCUCACAGUUUUAAGUGUAAUAAAAAAUGUUCACUCUUCAUAUAGGCAUAUGGAUUGUCCACCCAUAUGAUGUAUUAUUGUCAUUUACAUUUUAGAGAUAGCAGGGUAACAUGUAUGCCUAUGUUCACUUUUGUUUAAUAAAGCUGUUUGCAAUUAACCUUC